AAAGAAAGAAAGAGACGUGGAAACGGACCAUCCAUCAGGUUGGACCGCAGCUACCACACCCACACCAGAUUGGCCCUCCUCCUCCCCACCUUCAUCACCCCCCAAAGUCCUCCGUUAAUCUUCCCUCGUCCCCGGUCCAAAUUCCAAGCUCCAACACAAAAGGAGGCCAAAGCCUCUCGAGUCUUCCUACCCCUCGCCGCGGUUCCACUUCCAGCCUUAAACUCCGCCCUUUAUAUUUUCUGCAGCGUCUUCUUGGUGGCGAGUCAAGAAUCCCGCUGCUCUACCGACGCCGCGGUUGGUUGUUGCCGGAGGUGGAGGAGGAGGUUGCGGCCGGCCGGCAUACGAUGACCGAGGACGCCAGAGGGCGGGCGGUCAACCCGGCCUGCCCCAACGCCGCCAACCCCUUCCACCGCUGCGCGGAGUACUGCCCCGUCGCCGCCCCGGCGGGCAAGUCCCCGGCGCAGAACGGGACAGGGACGCACGGCGACGGAGCGGGAGGGGCGAGGCAGCAGGCGGUCAACCCGGACUGCCCCAACGCCGACAACCCCUUCCACCGCUGCGCCGACUACUGCCCCGUCGCGGCCCCGGCGGCCAAGUCUCCCCCUCUGCCGCCGGGCCUCGGGGGCCAGAACGGGAGGACGCACAGCGACGGCGACCUGCAGCCCAGGACGCGCCGCCGCGACAGGGCCGGCGGCUCCGGCUCCGGCGGCCUCCCCCUCUACGUCUUCCUGCGUGAGGGCGCCUCGGACGGGGAAGGCAAGAAGGUGGAUCCCCGGUGCCCCAACGCGGCCAACCCCUUCCACGUCUGCACCAACCACUGCCUCGCCAAGAUGGUCGAAGGCGGCCGCUCGUCGGAGGGCGGCAAGUCCCCCAUUUCCCUCUUCUCCCGCCACUCCGGUCGCUCCACCUCCUCCUCCGAAGAUGGCAGUGUCAAGUCCGGCGGCAGCAAGAAGGCGGAUCCGAAGUGCCCGAAUGCCGGCAACCCUUUUCAUGAAUGUGGAGAGCAUUGUGCCAUCAAGAUGAAAGAGCUGGAGAAGCAGAAGAAGGCCGAUAAGAAGUCGCCGCGCAAGAAAGGUGGGAAGGAUGGUGUGGUGGUGCAAAAUUGGAAGGUUGAUCCGAGGUGCCCAAAUGCGGGCAACCCAUUCCAUAUAUGCGCCCAGUACUGUUUCGAUCAUUUGAAUGAAGCGGCAUCAACACCUACAAGCAAGCCAGACUCGAGAAAGGGAAAGGCUGUCAUGAAAGCUGAGCCAACAGGAGAAACCAAUCCUGAUUGUGUCAAUGCAUCCAAUCCUUACCACAAGUGUGGAGAAUAUUGCAAAAGAAAUGGCAACAGAUAGAUGAGGCUGUCAAGAUAUGGUCUCUCCGGAUGAAUAGAUGAUGAUGGUGAAAAAUAAGUGAUUCUCGCGACAUUAGCCAUUUCUAAGUUGCAGUAAGUAGUAGCUGUGCCUUGUCCGGCUCAUUUUGUAGUUUGGCUGCAGCGGCCCCGUCUUUCGGGUGCUCGCGUGUAUAUUUUUCUUUACAUCUAUAUACAUAUACAUAUUCUUCAUGGUGUUGUUCAUGCAAGAUCAACGAGUUUGCGUUGUUGCAUAUAUAGGCCAGUGUCAUGUAUUGCCAGAAUGUUGCCAGAAUGUAUAGGGGUCAUAUUCUUUUGUAAGACGUUGCUAUUAAGCCUGGUCUUUUUUCCCCUCAA